CUGCGUAGCAUACAUAGUUUGUCAGGAGCAGCUCUGGCUUCAAAUCUUCAAUUUUAUUUUUUUUCAAUCAAUGUAGCCUUGUCGUGUAUUUGUCCAGAAUCCAGUCCGCAGUCACCCUUAUUACAUGAUCCAGCUGGCCAUCAUCAACCUGUAUACAGUACACAGCUACAUCGGCACCAUGUCGCAAUUCGGGUUCAUGAAGCGCGUCGGCGCGUCGGAUCGUGCCGUCGCUGUCCUCAACGACCAGCCCCAGCUCUUCACCACGCUCGUCCUCGUCCUCGUCGGCCUCGCCGCGCAGUGCGGGUUCAUAUACUUCAUCCACUACGCCACACUCAAGCCCGAGCAAAAGAACAAGAAAAAGAAGGAAGACGGCCGGAAGCGCGCCGGCACCGGAGCCGCAGGCGGCAAUGGUGGAGGAGCAGGGUCUGGCAACGCGCGCUUCUUUGGCUUCAGGAGGUCAUGAUAAACGCAGGAGAAGUCAGUGGAGGAAGGAAUGUUAACUACUAUUACGUUGGUUCUGGCGUCUUCAGCUUACUGUGAACAAUGCAUUGUCACUCUGCAAGUCCAGUCCUUGACCUCUCCGUGCGGCCCCGGGUAUUGGCGGCCACCACGCACGUCCUGCACUAACAGCCGCACGCGCUCCGACAGCGGCGCAGCUGUUAGCGUCGGCCUCCAGCCACUCACCGAUCCCAAUUCCCCGCCGACGCCGGCGCUGUUUUUCCUAU